AUGCAUGCUACUGCCGACGAUCGACCUUCCUCCGCGACUGACAUCGCAACGUACCCCGUGUCCGUUCAGUCCGCAUCUCCUCCCCCCGCGGAAGGCUCCCCCAAUGAACACGGGCCCUCCCCUCUCCGCCGCUUGAAGUCCAAGUCGUCCCUGUGGAGCAUCGGAAGCAGCAAUCACGAAGACGAACCCACGCCCGAUCCACCCAGUGCGGAGAAAAAUCCUGGCAAGCAAUCCAUAUUCCGUCGCCUGUCACCCGCUCUUGCGGCCCGGGUGAAGCUGCUCGACGGCGGCAGUAAAGUGACUAGCGCACCCAAGAGCCCAACCGCUAUCGGUCGGAUCCCCGAAGAACACCUGAACCAGUUGGAUAGUCUUCACAAGGACCUCUCCAUCAGGGUUGAGAGGAAAGGCCAGACUUGGAAUGGUGUGGCCUUUGUAUCUCCGGGAUCAGCAACAUCACAGUCAACAAAGCGGAGCGCGUCGAAUACACUUGAAAUACCUAGCCAGGACUUCCUGCAGGAGCUCUCCGAGGCGCGAGAGCAAGGAUUAGAUUUGACCGACGCGCUUGUUGACGGCCUGGAGCCGCCCGUUCUGGUCGUUGCUCAUCCUCCGGUGACUGCCCCAGACGCAGAGACCAGCGCCCCGCCGACACCCAUGUCUGUGGCGGAGCCGGCCCCCGCACCGUUGCGUGCUGACUCUGAGCUACCGCCCCUCCCCGAAGAAAAGGAACAGGAUAAUCGGACCGACUUUGAGAAGUAUGUCGACGAUACCAAGCGCAGUGAAGAGCAGGCUGAAUCCGCUCCCGAACCACCACCGAAAGACGAUACCCCUUCUUCCCCUACAUACGCCCUCUCUUCCUCCUCUUCACACAGACAGUCCUUCGACCCCAGGGAUUUGAACCGCGCCGAAUCCAUCUAUUCUUUCUCCCGCGCCUCUUUCAGUAACCAGCUUUCCCAACUUACUUCCAUUCCUCUUCCUCAGCCAGGAGCUCUUCAGACAAGUAUCGGAAACAUUGCGACCGCCCUUGCCGCUGUUCGCGCCUUGAAUGGUGCUGCAGAGCAGAUUCAAAUAUGGAUCAGAAAAGCGUCAGAUGUGCUCAGUGGCCUGGAUUCGGAGGAUGACGUCGAGUGGGCAGCGGCCGGUGGCCGCGAGGGGCUGGAGGGAGUGGACAAGGCAAUAACCCGAUUCGAAUCCUUGGUGAAUGUCUAUGUAAUGGCGAUCGAAAACGUACAGCUUCGAGCAGACAUUGGCAAUGUUGAUUCUGCCAGCCUAAAAACGAUUGUCAGGCAGAUGGAGAGCAUCCUCCAGAAUUGGGCCCAAAUUAAGACCAAGCUCAGAGGCGUGAAGGAGCAAGUGGAAUUGGCCAUGGAGUGGGAGGAGCUUUGGUCUAUUGUUCUAGGCGACGUCGGUAUGGAGAUUGAUAAUCUCAGCGGCAUGAUAUUUGAAAUGGAAGAGAAAAGACACCAGGCUCUUUUGGAUACGGGCGAGUCAGCCGGAGGACUUGAUAUUAACGAGCUUGAAACCAUUGUGGAGGAAUCUCCCAUCAAGGGCCGCUCGCCUGCGGUUAACCGCCUAAGCAUUGGACCACUUCUGGCUGCUGCCUCUGGCACCCCUGUUAUCAAAACACCGCAGGAUGAUUCAAGUCAUUCCAAUCUGAUGGCUUUAUUCGCGCGUAUGCAGCCUCUUCGAGCAUCUUUGGACUUCUUACCGAUGAGACUCUCCAUGUUUCAAUCUCGCGCCGAUGCAGUCUUCCCAAGUGCAUGCGAGGAACUUGACGACCGACGAACCCGAUUGGAAAAGACCUAUAAGGUGCUAGAACAAGAUGCUGAAGCCUUGCGCAAAGAACUGGGUGAAGAUAAGUGGAUCAUUGUGUUCCGCAAUGCCGGCAGCCAAGCUCAAAAAAUGUUUGACUCUGUCGAGCGCAGCAUUUCCAAGCUGCAGGAAGGCCUGGAGACAAAUGCACAGGUCAAUAACCCGUCAACGCUGACAAAACGAAUUGAGAACUAUGAGGCGAAGAAGAUGCAUUAUGUGCCCGCUAUUGAGCGCGUUAUUUCAAUCAUUCAGAAGGGAGUGAAUGAUCGCCUGACAGUCAACGGUGAAAUUUUGCGAUUACUGUCUGACAUGACGUCGCGUACAAAUGCCUUGAAGGCCAGCCUGAAAGUGAUGGAUAUGUCACUUGAAGAUGUCCAAAUUUUGAAGGGUCAGCAAUUGCGAGAUUCCAUCUCAAGCAUCGUUACAAUAGAUAGCCCAGCCACCGGCAGUGCGGUUGAUACGCCUGGAAGUUCACCUGCGUCCUCAGUGGUUCUUAGUGGCAGCAGCAUGUAUAAAGGCAAUGUGACACCUCUGAGCUCCAGUCGCCGCGAAAGCUCCGUCGGUAGCUCUGCAGCUCGUUCAGCCAUGCCGAACGUGCGACGGUUCUCCGGCGUGCCACAACCGGUGACUGGUCGGAAAUCUUCAAUUCCCAAGCCUUCGGGACUCACGUCUCCACCACCAGGGAAGACACAUUAUGCCGUAACGCCUACACCAUCUGGAAGACGGAUGUCUCGUGUUCCCCAGCCUUCCCCAAUACCAAAUCGACCACGAUGGACCAAUAGCACCAACACAAAUGACCUGAAUGUUGAUCACGCUCACCCACCCCAUCCCGCCAUCACCCCUAGUGGAUAUCGUAACGUGUCCGCUCCAGUACGAUCGCCUAGACCUGGCUCGACGCUUCAGUUCCGGCGCGACCGUGAUACGUCUGCCUCACCGGCACCCAGUGCUGGUCGAUCUAUGAGUCGCCUGUCCACUCGAUUCGCAUCCUCGUCUCGGAGCCCCGUCCGCAACAUGUCCUCUCCUACACCCUUGCGAUCUUCCUUGCUUGAUCCACCUCCAUAUAGCCGUCUUCGCCGGUCAUCCAAUAUGCCCCCAGUUGCAACUGCAGGCAUAGUGAAUACUCCUCGAAGUCGUCAAAGUUUUGCUGGCAUGGGUACAUCAUUCAGUCGCAGUGUCUCACACAACCAAGACAAUAAUGAAAGCCCUACAAAACCCACGCGUCCUGGCACUUCACUGGGUCAUUCUACCAACAACCGAAGAACCAGCUUGCUCCCGCUACCAAAGCGGAAUGAUAAGACGCCUGGACAGCAGAAGUUGGAGUCUCGGCCGCGCUGGAGACCAUGA